CCCCCCUCCCCCUACCCCCUUGUGCGCGCCGCCAAAUUUUGUGAGCGCAUUGCCGGAGCAUUCCAUAUCCUGAACGGGGCAGCCAACGCGCUAUUCCAUAGUAGCGCGGCAUCAAUUUCAUGCCAUGCCGUCAUCUGAAUAACUCUGGUGCAGGCGCUGUUGACGGGUCUCGUGCAACGCAGGUUUGUUCCAGAAUUUCUCGCCGAGGCGAAGUUGCUCGCAUUGCUGGCGGCACUCACCGUACCUCAUUCGGCCGAUCGUGCCGUGACGGACGACAAGACCCCCAGCAAACAAUAUCCAUGGGCAGACAGCUCCGACAAUGGCAGCGCAGCAGCAGCAUGGGGUACACAAGACACGCUGAGCCUCCAACAUCGACACCUACGAGCGAAUCAAGGAAGAAUGGCAAAGAUGGUCGCGGCUCAACUAGAUCAGGCCUGCAACAACACGGGGAACCUUUGGUCAAAGCAGUCUCUGCAGCUGGCGCUCGAGACAUUGCCGCACAAGCCGCCCAACGACAGAAGAAGUUCACGCAACUCGGCGGUGACAUCGUCACCCUUCGCGCUGCCCGACAAGUUCAAGCCAAAGAACAAGACCAGCUUUGGAAGGUGGUCAAGGACCUGCAGAAGGAGCUGGCCCAGGCCGAGCGCAUGGUCGGCAUGGUCACCGCAGAGGACGCAGCCAAGUACGACAGUGGCCCGAGCUCCAGCCUCCUCUGCCUCAACUCGCCCGAGUCGAUCGCGAAUGACUCGAUCCCGCGUGCCUUCUCACCUUGGCUACAAGACGCCUGAGCACUCCAGCCGGCCACCGACUGCCGCAUCCUUGGGGAGGAGCUAGCGCGUCGCUUCCAUAUUCAAUUCUGAGUGCCUGAAGCAGCGGCUGCGUCCAAGCUCAGACAAGUCCGCGGACAAUGGCGCAGGUACGUCGCGCCAGCUGCUGCGUCUGGCCAAGAGGCGCCCGUGUUCGUCGCUCUCGACAGGAGCCCUCGCCAAACCGGAAAAGAGAUCCUCACCAAGAAGCUCUACAGCCACAUCAAGAACGCGAACCCGCACGACGACUGGCGCAUCGACCGCCACAAGAGCCAAACCUCCUGGCGCAGCCUGCCCGUGGCCCGCGUCGAGGUAGGCCGACAGCCCGCGGAGAGACUGACCAUCUACAGGAGCCACGUGGCCUUUGGGGAUCUCACCAGCAACGCGCAGGCCACCUUCGAAUAGCCAGCGCCUGGGACUUCUUCAGCUCCCUGGCCAAGGCCGCUGACGCAGAUGUCGAGUGGCGUCUUUUGCCGAUUGAAAAGUUUCACAUCCCUGAAGUUUUACGCUCGACAGUUAUUUGCGGGAGGCGGGGCCGGCAUGUGUGUUCUUGCCCACUCCGUGUCAUGGAUUUGCCGUGCCUUGCUACAUCGUGAUGUCCCAA